CUAUUCAGAUCUCAACCGCCCACUCAAAAUUUUUCGUCGUCUUCUUCGCGAAAAAUCUCAAAGAACUCGCAAGAACCCUAGACCUUUUUCUCUCAAAUUCUCACUCAAAUUUCUGAGAAAAUGAAGGUUGUCGGCGCAAAUGUCCACUUCCAGAAGUUAGAAGCCAAGUGCUCUUCACAGAUAUUCUUUGAAAGCUAUCUGGAGAUGAUAGCCGCUCAAGAACUCUCCGAAUUUCUUCAAAUGGAGAUUCGCCUCAAAUUUGAAGAAGAAGUUCUUGAAUUCUACAGAAAUGGAGAAGUCAAAACUGCUCAUUCAAAGAAGGACCCACAGAGGACGUUUCCAGUCAUCAAGUCCACUGUUGGAGUUAAAGGGAAAAAGUAUGAAGCCAGAUACUGGCUAUACUACUUAUCCUCCAAAGGAGAAAACAGAGCUAGUGCUAGUGCCACUGCAGAAGAAAGCUCAUCAGACAAUGUUCCGAUCCACUCAUCAAUUUGGCAAAGACUGCCAAGAGAAAGAAAGUGGUGUCCCCCCUCUCCAAGUGUUGAAGCACCCCAGAACCUUGCUUUGAUCUGUUUGGAAGAGGAAGAAGAAGUCUCUGACCAUGGAGAACUUCAAAGGAAGAAGAAGAGGAAGAUCAACUCUCCAUCAACAUCUGGAAAUGUCAAUCCGGAUGAGUUGAAGGAGAAGGAACCUACUGAGGAAACCUCUGCCCAAAACCGGAGCCCUCAACAACUUGAAGAAGAAACUCCUCAAGUCCAAAGCCUUCCAAUCUCAUCACCUCAACCUCAAACAGAUGAUGCAGAUAACCAAUUCUGGCAGCUCUACUAUGAUUGGAAAGCCUGGAAAGUUGGGAAUUCAGCAGAGCAACUGUUGAAUUGGGACCAACAACUAAAGAAUGAGAAGAUCAUCAAGAAGUGCUUAGGAAUACCAGUCAACCACAACUGUGAACAAAUUCUGGAUGACUACUGGGUAUGGCAAAGGAACCCUGAAGACUUGCAUCUGGAAUACCUGGCCAACACACCAGUUUUAGACUUUGAAGCAGAUGAUGAAGAUCCUGCAGUCUUCAAGCCAGUCUUCUCAAAAGACACAGAAGAUCAAGUGGUUCUCACUUCUGAAGCACAAGCUGUUUUGGAAGCAGCAGCUGAAGAUUUCCAAACACUUCCGGAAACCUCACCUGAUUUUGAAACGGAAACCUCACCUGCUUUUCGGGAAACUUCACAUGCUUCUGAAAUGGUUCUGACUGAAGCUGUCCAAGAAAAGGCAGCCUCUCCCCCACAAGAACAGAACCACAAAGCAGCAGCAGAAGAAGAAUUUCAGCAACUGGGUCAAUCUCAAAUUCUUGAGACUCUCACAACUGCAUGUGAGAUCUCCAAUCCUACUGAUAUUGAGAUCCCGGAGAAGUCAGCAGAAAUUCCGGAUCAGUCAGCUCUCCCAGAAACAAUGGAACAAGCUGUUGAAGCGCAAAGGAAUUCUGGAGAAGCUGAAAAGGAAACUCAAAUGGCAGAAGUGGAGGUCUGUCAAACUCCAGUAGCCAUUUUUGACGAACAGAAUGCAGCUGAAGAAAGAGACUCCCUCUCUAGGGAUAUAUCAAAUUUUGCGCUUGAUGAAGCAGAAAGAGAAUCUGAAAGAACACUGAAGGUUACUGAUGAAGAAGAUGUACAAGAAGAUGCUGAAUUUCUUCCUAUGCAACUCUUCCAAAGAACAUCAUCCCCUCAUCAGGUAACCAAUUUUCAUUUCCAUAGCUCUUCCACUCCUACCUAUCCGGAUGAGAUACCGGAAAUCUGGACAAAGAAGGUCCAAGGGCUGAUUGAAUCAGCCCUAGCAUCUCAACAUGCCUCCUUUAGGCAAGAGAUAGAGCAAAUGGAAGCCAAGUACACCAACCUUAUAGAGAAAUCUAAAGAGAAGCACAACACAGAUCUCAAGGAAAUAAGCAAAUCAGUAGAAAAGACUCUAGAGAUCAUCUCUCUAUUGAGUAAAACUGUGAGCAACACAAUGGAAAUAUAUGCCUCUGACAGUCAACUUCAAUUCAAAGAGUUCAACACUGUCAAAGAGCAAAUAGCGAGUGUCACAGUUGGUCUACAAAAACAGAUGUCCCUUCUCCAAAUGGACAUCAGAUCAGCCUUAGCAGUAGCUUCUGCAAAUCAGGUAGUGACCAAAGACUACUUGAAGGUGAUCAUUGACAAUCAAAAGGAAGCAUACAAGCUGUUCAGACUUAUUGGCGCAAAUUCUGGGAACCGCAAGAUGGAAGUAAUUCUCCAACAACACAGCCCAUCUCCAAUACCACAGCUCCCUAUUGCAGUCAAAGAAGGAGAAGCAUCUUAUAUUCCUUCUCAUCUGAACAUGACAAAUCUAAUCCUUGAAGCACAGCAAAGAAAUCUGGAAAACUCAGCGCAGCAUCUAUCCAGCUCAGGACUGGAUGGAACAGAAUUUAUAGGUACAGUUGUUGACCACUUCUCAAAUGAUGCUCAAUCAGAGGAAAGACGCAACAACCUAAGGCGAAUCAAAGAACUAUGUGGAAACAUGCAGGGCAUCAAUGAGGUUGCCGGAUCUUCAAAACGCAAGAGAAACUGAAGGUUCUUUUCAUCAAACCAGUGGGAAAGUAUGUGAAACCACUAAUUUGUUUUGAUGAAAACACCUUCUUGUUUAAACAUUGCUUGAUUGGUUUAAACAUUGCAACAUUGCUUCAACAAUUGUCUUAAUUGUACUUAUCAUGCUUGAUUAUGCUUAGUAUGAUUUUGAAAUUUUUUCUGAAGCGCAUACAUUCAGGGGGAAUGUUAUUCAGGGGGAACUUAACUAGUUUU